ACCCGGCCUCCCGGCGCACAGGCUGCCUCCCUCCCCUGCAGCUUGGCCUGGCGAGCCUCGCUUUUAAAGCAAGAAGGGGACGGAAGGGACAGAAAAACUUCCUCUCGUAAAAAAGCGGCCGGAUCGUAUGCCACUCUCCUUCGCAUCCCGCGGCCUCUGGGAUUUUAUCACCCGGGGUCUGAGGACUUGCAGCCUGCACUGUGGAGUAAAAAUAAAUAACCCUAAACGGAGAUCUACAGUUGCUUCGCGGAUGUUCGCCCUUCGCCCGGAAAACAGGCGAAAGCCGAAUUUCCUGCUUUCGCGUGUCCUCCCGCUUGACCCAGAGCCUUGGCAGAAGUUUACGUUGCCUCGGGGCCAGGGGCUGCUCUUGCCUCUUAAAAAUCGGCAUCGUGACAACUCCUUGGACUUUCCGGAGCGGGAUCCAGGGAAGUCCUGCCCGUCGGCUUGAGCUUCGGAGAGCUUUGCACCAUCCCCAGCGUCCUUCCCUCCCCACCGCCAGGUGAGCGAUGACUCAUUAAGGCAUCAUCGCUGCGCCACCAUCCGGAACACAAAAGAUGCUUUAGGCACCGAUCCUUCAAACAAGGCGCUGUAGUUUGUUUUUGCUGUCCUUCAAAGGGUUGUGGUUUUUUUUAAAUCAUCUUUCGAAGCGAGACUGCGCUCGACUGAUGGCCGCGGAGGGGGAUCCCUCCCGCUGAUGCCCCUGGACCAUGGUUGCUUCCAUGGGCGGAUCAUGAAGUGUUUGACUUUCUUUCUUCUGCUUCCAGAGACCUUAAAGAAGUCCAAAAAGAGCGUCCGGGCCAACGGCAAAGGGGCAGCAUGCUAUGAGAUAUUGCCCCUGGGCCUCAAAAAGAAGAUGGCUGCGGAACUUUACCCUGCCAGCGCCAAUACCAAUCUCGCAAACAGCAAUAACGCCGCCGCCGCCAACACCAAGAAAAACGCCCUUCAGUUCCAGCAGAGCGCGCAGCCCCCGCCGCCGCCGCCGCUGCAAAACCUCAACAACAACAACGUGGAGAGCGCUAACUGGCAGUCCUUCCACCCCACCCUGCGAGAGAGAAACGCACUGAUGUUCAACAACGAACUUAUGGCUGAUGUGCAUUUCAUUGUGGGCCCAGUGGGGGCAGCCAAGAAAGUUCCUGCUCACAAGUAUGUAUUGGCAGUGGGUAGUUCGGUCUUCUACGCAAUGUUUUAUGGAGAUCUUGCAGAGGUCAAGUCUGAAAUCCAUAUACCAGAUGUGGAACCUGCUGCUUUCCUAAUCUUAUUAAAGUACAUGUAUAGUGAUGAAAUCGACCUGGAAGCAGACACUGUGCUUGCUACUUUGUACGCGGCCAAGAAAUAUAUUGUCCCAGCAUUAGCAAAAGCUUGCGUCAAUUUUCUGGAGACUAGCUUAGAGGCCAAGAAUGCUUGCGUUCUGCUGUCUCAGAGCAGGCUCUUUGAGGAACCAGAGCUGACACAACGCUGCUGGGAAGUCAUUGAUGCUCAAGCUGAAAUGGCCCUGAAAUCGGAGGGUUUCUGUGAAAUAGAUCAACAGACGCUAGAGAUCAUUGUGAUGCGGGAAGCCCUGAACACCAAGGAGGUUGUAGUGUUCGAGGCAGUUCUGAACUGGGCUGAGGCUGAAUGUAAGCGACAAGGGCUGCCGAUUACACCAAGGAACAAGAGGAAUGUAUUAGGGAAAGCUUUAUACUUGGUACGGAUUCCAACAAUGACUUUGGAAGAGUUUGCCAAUGGGGCUGCUCAGUCUGACAUCCUAACCCUUGAGGAAAGACAUAAUAUUUUCUUGUGGUAUACUGCUGCAAAUAAACCGAAGUUAGAAUUUCCACUAACAAAGCGGAAAGGACUUGUACCUCAAAGAUGCCAUCGAUUUCAAUCAUCUGCAUAUCGUAGCAAUCAGUGGAGGUACCGGGGGCGAUGUGAUAGUAUCCAGUUUGCUGUAGAUAAAAGGAUAUUUAUAGCAGGACUGGGACUCUAUGGGUCAAGUUGUGGAAAGGCCGAAUACAGCGUCAAAAUUGAACUAAAGAGGUUAGGCAUUGUACUUGCCCAGAAUCUGACAAAGUUUACGUCUGAUGGCUCUAGUAACACUUUCUCAGUAUGGUUUGAGCAUCCUGUGCAGGUUGAGCAAGACACCUUUUACAAUGUAAGUGCCAUUCUAGAUGGCAACGAACUCAGUUAUUUUGGACAAGAGGGAAUGACUGAAGUACAGUGUGGAAAAGUGACAUUCCAAUUCCAGUGUUCCUCAGACAGCACCAAUGGCACAGGAGUACAAGGAGGACAAAUACCUGAACUCAUUUUCUACGCAUGAUGCAUUUCACUUAGAUUGUAUUCCAGGGCUAUUCUGCUCAUUAAUGGAUACUUUGAUCUCAUUGAAAGGUUGCGGAGCAGUACAGAAUAUUAUAGUACUUACCUAUCUAUUCACCAUCAGGCUAUCAAACUAAGUGAAGGAAUGCUCUUGAAUUUAAUCUUAUUUUAUUUAUUCAUAAGCUAUUUGACUUAAUUAUUAAACUGCAAUAUGCAGAGUGAGAAAUGUUUUAAAAAUUGCACAUGAUGUGCAUUUAUUUUGUAUAUAGACAACUAACUGCUGAGACUGACUCAAAUAGAAUGUUAUAAAGUAGAGCAGUUUGAGAAUCUGUUGAAUAUAAAACAUUUUUACUUGUCCUAAA